AUAAAAAAUGACAACAUCCGGUUAAUUAAUGAGUUAGGUGAAUUUUAGUGAUUAAAAAGGGUUAAUGGCAUAAUUAAUGAUGACAGAAGAAAAAGAAUUGACUAAAACCGAAGAAAAUAUCCAGAAGGAUGAAAGGAAAAAAGAUUAUAGCAAAGAAACGGCACUGACAAAGGUUGUGCUAAGAAGACUUCCACCAACUUUAACACCAGAAGUAUUCUUAGAACAAGUAUCCCCAUUACCAUCUUAUGAUUUCUUCUAUUUUGUGAAAGCUGAUAAAAGUCUUGGGGCCAAUGCCUUUACGAGAGCUUAUAUAAACUUUCUGAAUCCAGAAGAUGUGUAUAUGUUUAGAGAUAAAUUUGAUAACUAUGUUUUCCUGGAUAGUAAAGGGGAGGAAUAUCCAGCUAUCGUAGAAUUUGCUCCGUUUCAAAAAGUUCCUAAAAAGAAGGUAAAGAAAGCUGAUAGUAGGAAAGGAACUAUUGAGCAAGAUUCUGACUAUCAGAAGUUUUUAGAGUCUCUCAAUAAUCCUGAUGCUGAAGCCUUACCUACAGUAGAUAUUUUAAUAGAAGAAAUAGAACAGAAAGAAAAGGAAAUGAAAGCUAAUAAUGGCGUACUAAAAGUAACUACACCUUUGAUAGAAUAUAUUAAGAGAAAAAAAGAAGAAAGAAAAAUGGCUUAUCAGAAAAAGAUUGAAGAAAGAAAAAAGAGAGAGAAUGAAAGAAGAAAACAGAGAGAUGAAGAAAGAAGGAGAAGAAGAGAGAAAGAACGUGAAAGAGAAAAAAGAGAACAAGAUAGAGAGAAGGAGAGAGGGAAAGAUAAAGAUAGCUCCAGUAAAAAAGAUGACUCAGUUAAGGUGUUGAAGAAUCCAGAAAGGGAAAAGGAUGAGACAGAUGACAAAGAUAGAGAUAAAGAUAAGAAUGAUGACAAAUCCACUAGUAGAGAAAAAUUAAGGUUCUCAAAAGAAAAUAGAGAAAAGGCAAGAAAUGAGAAAUACAAUAGCUCUAAAUCUAGUCGAGAUGGAUGGGGGAAGAAUAGAACAGAGGAGUAUGGAGAUAAAUCAAGAUCAGAUAAAGCAAGUGAUAGAUUAAAAGAUGAGAAAGAUAAGUCUAGUCUAGAUAAAUCACCAGAUAAAGAGAAAAAUCAAGAUAAAGAAGAUAAAGUAAAAGAUGGUACAAGGGAUAAAGACAAGACAUACAGUAAAGACAGCAGCAAAAGUUAUGGCAAAGAUAGAGAUUAUACAAAAGAUCGAGAUAUAGAUUACACAAGGGAUCGAGAUAAAGAUUAUGGGAGAGAUAGAGAUAAAGGAAAAGACAAAGGCUCUGGACGAGAUAGAGAUAAUAGGUAUGGUAGGGAUAGAGAUUAUGGGAGAGACAGAGAUUAUCGAAGAGAUAGAGAUCGUGAUUAUGGUCGAGAUCGAGACUAUGGGAGAGACAGAGAUUCGGGGAAGGGAUAUGGUAAAGAUCGAGAUUAUGGUAAAGAUAAGGAUAGAGAUUAUGGGAGAUAUAAAGACUAUGGUAGAGAUAGAGGGAAGGAUAGUGUAAGAAAAGAUAGUGAUAAAGAUAAGAGUGGAAGAGACAGUGAUUAUAGUAGAGAUAAUGGUGGUAGAAGUUAUGGUAAAGAUAGAGAUAGAUAUAGAGAAGAUAGAGAUAGAAAUAAUCGAGAUAAAGAUAAAAGUAAAUCUACAGAUAAAACUAGCACAGAUAAAACUAGCACAGAUAAAACUAGCACAGAUAAAACUAGCACAGAUAAAGAACAGAAGAAGGAUGUAGAGAGAACAUCUAAGAGUGAAGUGAAAGAGAAGGAAUCAAUAAAAGAUUCUGAGAGCAAGUCUAAUGAAAAAGAAAGUUCCAGGGACAGUGAUAUCUCUGAAGAUAAACGUCGUAAACGAAAGGAUAGACCAGAACGUCAGAUAUAUGUACCUAGGCGAGCUUUAGAGAAGCAGAAACAAGAUUCUGAAGAUUCUCCAAGUGAGGCUAAACCUUCAAAAGGUCAAGAGGUCAAAGAAAAGCCUAGCAACAGUGAAAAUAAAGAAGAGUGAAGAAAUAUAUGGUCAUGCCAGGAGCAUGCAACAUUAUAUCUACACAAAUUUAACACCAUAUGAAUUCAAUGUGGAAUAAAUCUGUUUUGUUAUUU